CGUUUCAUUGGGUUGCACACAUGUCCUUGACUUCCUACGAGAGGUGAUAGCCGAUAAGUAAACGAAGGCAGUCGGGAGGUCACUCACAUUUUGCGAUUGAAGGGGGAAUUUCUCGUCAUGGGGUUAAUACCAGAACAGGGAAAGUGUCUCCCUCCUCCGGGAGUCAUCAACAGGAACUCGGUGUGGCUGGCGGGUGCAGGCUGGUGCACCGCGGUGCUUCAUAAUGCCAUUAUCCACAGGCCGCCUCUAAAAUCAGGCGUUCACCGACAAUUCCUUUUUGCAACAAUGGGUUGGUUCAUCGGCUACUACAUUACAAAAUAUGAAAAUUACACUAAUGCCAGACUUGAUCGAGAUGUGAACGAGUAUAUCAAACUCCACCCAGAGGAAUUUGCAGCAAAGGAAAAAAAGACCUUUGCAGAGAUUGUCGAGCCUUUCUAUCCUGUGCGCUAGGUGUUUGCGACUGCUGAGAUGGAAGGGGGAGGAAGGGAGAAAUCACUUGCAGACUACCAUCUGUCUUGAGUGGUCUUUGUGUGAAAUCAUUUAUUGUGCGAAAUAUAGUUAUGUAAAUAAAACAAAUACCCAAAUUCAACA